AUGGGAGAAACGAAACGAUCGGGGCCACACAGCCCCGGCCCCACCUGCGGCUGCCGGAUGGGGCCGGGCGGGGCCGCAGUCAGGCUUGCGGGGCCGGGGUGGGGUGAGGUGCGGGGGGGAGGGACUCGGCGGCCUCGCCGCCCCCUCCGCCCAGUCAAUGACAUUCCAGCGGCCGGCGCCCAGACUCGGCCCCGAGGUUCCUCCGCAGCCCACGCACCACCAGCCGGUCGCGGCCGGCUCGCCCGGCUCCCCGCCCCAUACUUGAGAGAGCGGCGGGGCCUGCCAGGCUCACCUGUCCGCGCGCCGGCCCCGCCCCGCCUCAGGGGCUGCCCGGCUCCCCCCUCAGGGGUCGGCCGCCCUCGGGCCCCGCUCCCGCCCCGAGUUCGCUCGCUCCCCUCUCUCACCGGCUCCUGGGGGCGGCCGCGCGCGUUCCGGCGGCGGGCGGGCGCGAGCGCGGGGGAAGCGCCUCGGCCCUGCGCGAGGGGCGGGGGGCGGGCAGCGCCGGAGGAGCAAAGGGGGCGGAGCUCCCGCCUGCUCGGCGCCCGAUCACCCGGCGGAAAGGGCCGAGCUCUCCCGGACGGAGCCGAAGCGGCAAUGCAGGGCGGCGGGAGGAUGGGCAAGGAGCGCGCGCGCCACGGGUGGGGGUUGAUGGUGCAGUGGAGGUUGCUGCCUCCGCCCUGGCUGGUGGAGAAGCUCCAGCCGCACCGCCCUCCCCGCAGCUAG